CCAGCAGAGAGCGAGCAGCAAUCAGUGCUAGCGAGAGUGGAGACGGAUAACGGUACCUAGAGGAGAACAGGGAUGUACAGCAAACACAGGCAGAAAAAGGUCCAGUUUAUACCAACAGAAUGUGGGCAUUCGAUAAUAUUUCUAUUCCUGUUACUGCUGAACAACGUACUGGAAAUUGAGAGUGGAGACAACACAGAACAAGCAGGAAAGCUACAUGGACAGACUGUGGUACUGCGCUGGCUUUCCCACAGCAGGAACAGAAGAGAGGCCGGGAUUCCACAGCAGGUCCAGUAUCCAGACACGGGGGCGAUAGCAGUGACAACUGAAGGGAGGGAGCUGGUGCUGCACGUGGAACGCAAUCAUCAGCUGCUGGGCCCGGAUUUCACCGAGACGCACUACAGUGAGAGCGGAGAGCAGGUGACCAUCUCGCCCAAUCGAACCGACCACUGUUUCUACCAUGGCUAUGUGAGAGGACACCCAGAUUCCUGGGUUGCUCUCAGCACCUGCUCUGGGGUCCGGGGCCUGAUUGUCUUGAAUGCGAAUGACAGCUACUACCUUGAACCAAUUAGAGGGCUGGACUCUCCCCAUCACAUGAUCUACCGCACAGAGCACCUGCCAAUCACAGGUGGCACAUGUGGACACGGCCACUGGGUGGGACACACAAGCCUCAUCUCCAGCCUUCUUAAACCUUUGCAUCAAAGGGUGAGGCGAAAUGCCUGGGGCACCACCAAGUUCAUGGAGCUCUACAUUGUUGCUGACAGUAUGCUGUACAGAAGACAACACAGCGACCUUGGCAAAACAAAAAUGAGGAUCAUGGAGAUUGCCAAUUACGUGGAUAAGUUCUACAGGGCUCUGAACAUCCGUGUACCGCUGAUUGGGCUGGAGGUGUGGACGGACCGGGACCAGUGCAUCGUGAGCGAGGAGCCCAACGCCACACUCUGGUCCUUUCUGCAGUGGAGGCAGAAGCUCAAGUCUCGCAAGCGGCACGACAAUGCCCAGCUGCUCACGGGCGUGAUAUUCAAAGGGACCACCAUCGGCAUGGCACCCCUGGAAGGCAUGUGCAGCCAUGAGAACUCAGGGGGCAUCAACGUGGACCACUCAGAGUUGCCCAUCGGGGCUGCGGCCACCAUGGCCCAUGAGAUCGGGCACAACUUCGGCAUGAGUCACGACAACGACGGCUGCUGUGUGGAGGCCACGCCCGAGCAGGGCGGCUGUGUCAUGGCGGCUGCCACAGGGCACCCUUUUCCGCGAGUCUUUAGCCGCUGCAGCAAGAGGGACCUCGACAACUAUUUCCAGAAGGGAGGGGGCAUGUGCCUCUUCAACAUGCCCAACAUGAAGGACCUGGUGGGGGGCAAGAGGUGCGGGAACGGCUUCGUGGAGGAGGGGGAGGAGUGUGACUGCGGAGAGCCAGAGGAGUGCACCAACGACUGCUGCAACGCCAACAACUGCACACUGAGAGAGGAGGCGCAGUGUGCCCACGGGGUCUGCUGUGAGGGAUGCAAGCUGAAGCAGGCAGGGACCAUGUGUCGAGGGCCCGCGGGGACCUGUGACCUGCCUGAGUACUGUACAGGGGCCUCGCCCUAUUGCCCCCCCAACGUCUACCUGCUGGAUGGCUCCACCUGCCACAACUACCAGGCCUACUGCUACAACGGCAUGUGCUUGACCCACGAGCAGCAGUGUGUGCAGCUGUGGGGAUAUGGUGCCCGCCCUGCUCACGAUGCCUGCUUCCAGGACGUGAAUGCCGCUGGGAAUGCCUUCGGGAACUGUGGCAAGGACGGCCAGGGGAACUACAUGAAAUGCCAAAAGAGCGAUGCCAAGUGUGGGAAGAUCCAGUGCCACAGCGCUGCCAAGAAGCCCAAGGGCACCAACGCAGUGUCCAUCGACACCACAAUCCGCACGGACGGCAUGGAGGUCAAGUGCAGGGGCACCUACGUCUACGCCACCCAGGACGGGCAGGGGGACCUCCCGGACCCGGGCCUCGUCACCACGGGGACCAAGUGCGGAGAGGGGAAGGUGUGUCAGGAUCGCCGCUGUCAGAACGCCUCCUUCACCGAGCUGGAGAUCUGCAUCACCCGCUGCCACAACCACGGGGUGUGCAACAGCAAUGGGAACUGCCACUGUAACCGUGGAUGGGCCCCGCCCUUCUGUGAGAAGCCGGGCCUGGGAGGCAGUGUGGACAGCGGGCCGAUUCAGUACGACAGUCAGCUGGGCUUGGUGGUCGGUCUGCUCUUUGCUUUCCUGGUACUGUUACCUGCAGUCCUCAUUGCAUUCUACUGCUACAAGAUCAAGACCUCCCUCUACCACAAAUGGAUUUCACAGAGGGAGAAGAACAACCAAGAGAACCGGAACGAUGUGACAGAUCACAAGGUGAAAAAUGGACAUCUGAACCCAGCAUUUCAUCUGAAAGUGGUGGGGCCCACCUCAAAGAGCUGCAACACAAAGAAGCUCCCACACACGAGCAAGGAGGUCCUACCACUGAGGCCCAACCCAAUACCCAACUGCACCCAGCCCGUUAACAUCGUUCGGCCCCUGCGUCCGGCCCCCUCUCCCCACCGGGCCCCCCGGGACCUGCCCCUGCCCCACGGCAAGCCCCCUGCCGUCCCUCCCAAAUCUCCAGCUGCCUUGCGCAAACUCACCCCACCGAGGAAGCCCCUGCCCCUCAGCCCGACCAGAUGCCCAUUGCUGGUGUCUGAGCUUCAGCCGAGGCCCUCUCCCCCACCUCAGAGACCCCUGCCUCUGAACCCCUCCCCUGGCCGAGGGACCCUGCCCAAGCCUCCCGUGUGCCAGCUGGGAACCACGCCCUCUGCUAUCAGCCCCAAGCCAAUGGGCAAGGUGUCCUCCAGCAUUCCUCCAAUCAGAACAUUCAAACCUGUUCCACCUCAGAAGCCUGUCCCAGGGGCCAAACCAACCACAGCCUUGUCUCCACUACGAAAAUGACCCGGGGAGACAGCAAAACUGACAGUUUAGAGUUUGGCAAACUUAUUUGCACUAAAGAGCAUAUGGCUGGGAGGCCUACACCGGCGGUUUUGGUCCAGUAGUGGGGUCCAGUCCAGUAGGUACGGGCGUGUAAGGAAUACCCACAGGGUGUACCAAUUGCCUUCCUACGUGACACACAUGUGCUCGAAGACGACCACGCCCAGCCUGGAAGACGGCAUUGGCCCUGCACUCUAGGAGGAGCAGAAUGAGACUGUCAGCUAAAGUCAUGAAGCUUAGCUGGGCAGGGUCACACUGAGUCAAGUAGCUCAACUGGUCUGUGCAUCGCAUCUAUACCUGUGUCUUUUUUUUUUUACUGCUGUUAGUCUGUUGGUUUUUAAAUAAUUUGCCAAAGAUGUACUUGUGUGUUUUUUUUUUUCGUUGUGUGGGUGGGGCUUGAUUAAUUGCUGCAUUAGGAGUUUUUUAAUGUUACAUAAAAUCCAUGUGCUUUAGCUUUUUUAAUGUUAUGUUUACACAUCUUUGAAUGCAGAGCUUGUUAUAUCCGGUGAAGUACACAGAAUCAUGUUUGCAUGAGAGACAAAUGAAGGAUUUACAAAUGUGGGUUUAAUUUAUUUUCCUUUUCUACAUUAUGCACCCAGAUUUAGAUAUAUUACAAAGUGAAAACAGUGUUAGGAACAUGGCUCACAUCAUUCAGCAGGGUGUAUAUUCUUCUGAAGUGCACUGCUCCCUCUAUCACGCUUGAGGUUUGUCACGUAACGUUAUAAUAACGUAAAUUAAAAAGGAUUUACUGGUCUACAGACCGGGGAUGUGCCCUUUAGCCUCUCUGCAGUGGCAGUGAACAGUUAUGAAUAUGAAAUUGCUAAUAAUGCUUCAGCAGUGGUAGGGGCCUAUUAGACUGUUUUAUGUUUUCUGACAAUUGAGCGUUUUACCAAGAAUCCCUGUAUUACUGCCUAAUUUUAACAUGUGCAUGUCAUUAAGGAGAUUCAUCCAGUGAAAAUUCACAAUGCAACAGAACGAUUGCUUCUCUGUGUCCUGAGUCAGGUGGGAAAUAUCGCCACUAUUUCUUUAAUCAUUGGGGAAGUGCAUAUUUUUACCGAUCUGUAAAUAUGGUUAAUAGAUAGCAGCACACUUUCUAAUUUUUCAUUAAAUUGCUUCAGAAUACAAGCCAAGAGGGUGGUUUAUUUUUUAAGGCAAGUUGUUAGGAUGCUACGCACUCAAAUUGUAAUUUCAACUUCAGUUACAGACUGACUGGUUAACCCAAUAGGGUAUGAAACUGGAAGUAGCAUACUCAAUUGAACGAUAUUGACCUCAUUAUCACUGAUGCAAAAAAAAACAAAAAAACUUAUAAUAAUAAAAUGUGAAAGUAUGAACAUCUCCAGUUACAAUGCUUUCAUUCAUAUCGCAGUGGGUGUACGGUACUUUCUCAUACAGGCUUGAAUACUGUGCAUAUGUCCCCUGUACAUUGGGUGACUCCAUGUUAUAACUUACAGCCUACAUUUUGAUGUGGAAAGUUUAAACUUUUUUGAGUUCAUUUCUGUGUCAUUCAGCAAUGUAUUUUAUGGAGUGCAUGUGUUAUGUAGUGUCUAAAGGUGUCAUCAUUUAGUGUCCAGACACAAACCGGUUAUUUUUUUUAUUCACGCACGUCGAAACAGUUCACGACUGUGGAGAAAACUUAUAAAACACUACUUGAAAUGGGUCAUAAUUACAUAAUGCACCACUAAAUUUUGCAUAAGCAUAAAUAAAUAAAACUCGCUUUCAACAA